AAAUUGCUGCUUACAAUGUGACCUUACGAAAUCGGGGUGAGAGUGUGACGGACCCAAUAACGUUAAUCUGUAUGCUUACGUAUUUCAAUUCCGUAAACCAAACGCAAAUUCAAACAUCAACAACAUCAGUAUGUCUACAGAAGCAAAUAAGUGAAACAACAAUAGAAGAAGUUCAACAAUGGUAUAUUGCAAUUGUGUUGAUUCCUUGUCUAUUACUUGGAUUCAUACUAGCUAUUUUGAUUCUUUGGUUGAUACAAAAAUUUUGUAUUGGUCGCUCGUUUGUUGGAACAAAAAAUGAUAAUAAAGACAAAAUGGUUGCCGAAGAUUCCCAUCAUUCACCUUCUUCGUCGGAGAAAAAUACUGCCGAUCUAUCUCACGCUAUUGCAAGUGACGGAGCCAAAGAAUCAAGUCGUAUUCUUGAACUGUGUGAAAUUAAUGAUAUCAUAACAUCUGAAAAUCAAGUUCAAAACGAAAAGGCGAAAAUACUGGAAUUACUAUUGGAUUCAUUGAGCACCGAUGGCAACAAAACCUCAAGGAGAGAAAACGCUACUUUGCUGAAAAACGAAAUUCACGAAGAAACCGAAAAGGCAUUGCAGGAAAAGCAGAAAAUGCAAUCUGAAAUUGCAGAAAAGAAUUAUCAAAGACUUUCAGACAUUCAAAGUCGACAACAAAAUGAGAUGGAGCAACUUAAAUCGCAAUUGGCAAAUUUGAAUCCGGAAGUCCGAGAUGAACUUCUGUCAUUGGUACACGAGAGACAUAAGUUAGAGAAAAAAGAAGAAGAAUAUCUCUCAGUUUUAAAGAUGAGAGAAUCAGAAAGGAGAGCGAAAGAUGGAAGCGAUGUCCGUUGCCAGAUUUAUUACGAAAAGUUGAACGCUAUUCUCAAUAACGAAGACAAUAACUACCCUUCUGCCACUCGAGAUGGAUAUAUGCUUUUGAUGGAACAGGCUAGUAAAAUAAUGGAAGACGAAUGUACCCGGAUACAUAUUGUUGAAAGAACACGGAAAAAUGAAAUUGACAAAAUUAGAGAAAAUGAGUUGAACACAAGAAAAAGUUGGAAUAAAUUUGGCCAAGUUCUAAUUGAAUCGGUAAAAAAUGUGUGCAGAGAGUUGCAACUUGAAACAGAGGUUCGAAAAACUAUGACAGCAUUUAUAAAAGAAGAAAUGAUGAAAAUCAAAACAUUUUUUGAUCAAGAAAUGUCAAAAGAACGUGCUGAUUAUAUUCGUACGUGUUUGAAAGAAAAACAUAAAAUUUGCAAGAAAAUUACAACAAGCAAUAUUUCUACACGAGGGGUACAUGAGAAUCCAAUCGGAUGGAUGGAAGAAUGCAUAAGGACAAUUAAUUCCGAUCUCCUGAAAAAUAUUGAUGUGCAACAACAAUAUGAUCAAUAUGCAAUCAAUUUGUGGAACACAAAAUUAAAAGUCGUUCUUCAAUCAACAAGUGAAAAAAUGGAAGCUUUGAAAGCAGAAGUCAUUCAAAAACUAGCUCAGAACGGAGCGUCAAAAAACUCUGCUGAAGAUUUUAUCAACAAAGAAAUUGCAGAAAUAAAAAUUGAGAAGUCAGAAGAAACUGCUUUUCCUCUUCAGCCAAACGCUCAACUCGGAAGUAGAAUGCGAGCGCAGGAAAUCAUUAUUGACUGCCACUCAAAAGUAUUAAAACAUUUCGUGGAUAGUCAAGUAUUUCCAACAGAAAAAACAGCAGACGAAGCUUUCACCCACGUACAAGCUGCCCAACACAGAAAAACAAAAAUAUCACUCCGACAUCUUCGCGAAAUCAUAGAACGUCACACCAUGGCGAUUGAUAGAAAAAACAAGAUUCAGAAACAAAGAGGGAGAAAGGGCUACCUGAAAUCAUCCAGCAACGAGGAAACAAUACGAUCGGGAUUACAAACACAGUUGGAAAAGUGGCAAAAAGGUGAUGACAUCGUUCCGACUACACAAAGUAAUGCAAGUGUGCUGGAAUUCCGAAACAAUAUGAAAUCAGUAGAACAGAAUUUAACAAAAGCAAUUUCAACAGAAUUAGCAAUUCAGAUGGAAAAAAAAUCAGCUCUGGAUCUCAUCAAUCUUGAUCUGAAUGCCCUUGAACGUUUGAUGAUGACAUUAUUGCAUACGUUGGUUUCUGAUCGCAAAUUGACAACAGCAGAAUGCAAUGUUGUACUUCAAGAACACAAAAAUCAGAUAGCGGAGCUACAAAAACUUGCGUCACAACGUACAAGGAGAAGGCUUGAUCAAGUUGUCCGAAAACGACUUCAUUCUCCACCACCUCGUCCAUUUGUAAAAGAUGAGAAAACAAAAGAAGACAUUGCCAACUCUCAAGUUAAACAUCAUCUCGAUGUCACUAAGGGGGUUGGGGAUAAAGCAAAACGAAAGAUCAAAGAGGACAACACUGCUGCUAAAGAAAAAUACGAACUUUUAUUGCAACUUUAUGAACAACAGGCUGUGGAACUUCGUGAACUCAAUUUAAAAGUCAUUCAAGCGCUGGUAAAAGUUGCCAAGAUAUCAUCAAUGGAGAUGAAUGCAUGUCUUACAUUGUUACUACACCAUAGAAAUGCUGAACAGAUUCGAAUGAUGUUGCAAGUUAUUUACGUUGGCGUAAAGGACGAAACUAGUCAGAAAAGCAAUUUACUUCCCGCUAUAAGAGGACUGAUCGCUCAACAAAAACAUAGAUUAGCUGAGAAUAUUUUACGAACAGAUGAAGAUUUCGGGCCAACACCAAUACAAACAAGUCAUAAAUUACAGAGAAUAAAGCAGCCUCACAGAGUGACGUUCCACGACGAUACACCGGCCCUCAAACGAGAUCGAUUUUCGCCCCUUCCGGAUAUCCGACCAGAACCGGUUGGAAGAACCUCUACUCCAGAUUUGGAGCCUAUGACAGAAUACCAAACGCAUCCAAACACAUUGUUUAGUAACUACAGCGAUCAACCACUAAAACCGAUAAGAAAAAGAAAAAAGAAAUCACUGAAGAAUUUGAAUUUUACUACAUAAUAUAAGUUAAUAAAAUUACGGUUUCAACCAGACCAAGUCUACCUCAUGUUGAAUUUUAAUAUCAUAUAUUGUUCCUCGUAUGACACCGUAUGGUUUUCAGCAUGAAUCCCCACAUUUGAAAUUUUAAAUAUAUUAUUAUAAUGUGUAUACACGUAUAUAUGGAUAUUUUAAUAUAAUAGUAAAUCAAAACUAUAGUGUAGACUUGUGUAAUGCAGAAUAGCCGCUGCACCUUCAUGUGAUUCUUCAGUUUGUAUACAAUUUAUCUUCUUGUUAACCGUGAACAUCGCACGUUCUCGAGAAGACAAAUUGUGAAGGCUUAUAAGUGUAGUAUUGGCAAUAC